AUGGGAUGCCUGAGUGACCUGAUCGCGAGUUCGCUUAUUGCGAAGUCACAAUUUUUACAGUGGAGUUCACCAAUUACUCUGAAAAGUGGUGUUAAACUCGUAUUAGAAUUGGUGGUUGGUGAGCAGCAGGGCUUGGGAGCGAUUGAUGACGAUGGAAGUAUACUGGACAUGUAA